AUGGCCAUCGGGGGUGAAAGCAUACAGGCUGCUGGGAUUGCUAACACGGGACAGAGCCGGAUUCAACCGCGUUCCUGUGUGACGAAACUCUUCACUUCGAAGUCUAGCGAAUUCGAGCUCGAAGCGUUGGAAGUUCACAAUGAGUUCAGAGCAGAACAUGGAGUCCCGCCUCUUGUCCUAAGCAAGGAGAUCAGUAAACACAGUCAGAAAUGGGCUGAAGAUCUCGCUAAGAAAGAUUCCCUAGCCUACAGCCUCAACCAGAAUUAUGGAGAAAGUGUCUACUGCGGCUGGUCACCAGAUCCCAGCACAAAAAUAAAGGCAAGGGAUUGCGUUGAGAAAUGGUACAGUGAAAUAAACGACUUCUCAUUCGGUAGGGAACCAGAAGUACUUACUUGCGGACAUUUUACUCAAAUAGUUUGGAAAGGCACAAGGGAAUUAGGAAUCGGCAGUGCCAAGAGCAAAUCCGGGAAACUCUACGUUGUAGCUAACUAUUACCCACCAGGAAAUUACAGUGGACAAUUUAUUAAAAAUGUCUAUCCCCCUGGUGCAAACCAGUUUAAAAGAAGUAUCAGCUCCCAGAAAGAGACCAACAAUAACUUAUCACCACCGUCUCCAUCGAAUCAAAGGAACAGUAAAAACUUGAGCGACAUUGCAUCAGAUUUGGUGAACAAAUUCCGUUCUUCUACUAUCUCUUCUUCAAUUUCUAACGAGAAAUUCGAUGAAGAGUUUUUGAAGGCGCACAACGAACAUAGACGAAACCAUGGAGUGCCUCCACUAGAUCUUAAUAAAAAGCUUUGCAAGUACGCCGAGGAGUGGGCGAAGACGUUAGCCAAGAAAGGGGAAACUGAACAUAGAGACCAGAAUGAAUAUGGAGAAAACAUAUUUUCCGCAUGGUCUACUGAUCCAAACUUCACAGUGGCUGGAAGAGACCCUGUUGAUAAAUGGUACAGUGAAGUGAAUUUCCACAGAUUUGGUCAAGAGCCUUUAGACUUGAAGUCAGGACAUUUUACGCAAAUCGUUUGGGAAGACACAAAAGAGGUUGGUGUGGGCGUGGCCAAAUCUAAAGAUGGUCACAUUUACGUUGUCGCAAACUACAAUCCUCCUGGCAACGUGAUCGGCAGCUUCUCAAAGAAAGUUAAGCCUCCUGUUAAUUGA